ACUUUCCUCCCGUCAUGCAUCACGGCUAGCAGACCUUGUGAGGUAACUUAGGCAACACCGAUCAUUUGAUAUAACGGUAACGUUAGUUAAGACCGCAGCUCCACGGGUAGAAUCUCAUAACGUUAGUUGGAUAGCAGAUGGAUAGAAACUAUACACAUUAAUGUCAAACGUCGCCUAGCAACGCGAGGAUGGAGAAGGAAGUGCACAACACUGUGGUCUUCAAUGUUUCCAAGAGAGAGCGGUUCACUUCGAAUAACGGCUACAAAUCCAUGCAGAAAAUACUGAGAGCUCAAUGGAAAAUCCAAAGUAUGAAGGAGGAGCUGUCUUUGGAGAAGCUGAGGGGCGUCAAGUUGUGGAUAACCGCUGGACCAAGAGAGAAGUUCACAGCUUCCGAGAUGGAGGUGCUGAAGCAGUACCUGGACGGAGGAGGAAACGUCCUGGUCCUGCUCGGUGAAGGAGGGGAAAGGAAGUACGACACCAAUAUCAACUUUCUCCUGGAGGAGUUUGGCAUAAUGGUCAACAAUGAUGCCGUCAUGAGAAAUGUGUACUACAAAUACUUCCACCCAAAGGAGGCGCUGGUGUCCGACGGUGUAUUGAACAGAGAGAUCAGCCGGGCUGCUGGCAAAGAGGUGACUGGCGUCAUCGAAGAUGAAAAUGUUGGAAACAACGCACGGGCACUCACGUUUGUGUACCCGUACGGCGCCACGCUGAGCGUGAUGAAGCCCGCUGUGGCCGUUCUCUCAACUGGCUCCGUCUGCUUCCCCCUCAAUAGGCCCGUCCUGGCCUUCCACCAAGGAAAGGAGGCUGGCAAACUUGUAGUGUCGGGUUCCUGCCAUAUGUUCAGUGACCAAUACAUAGACAAAGAGGAGAACAGUAAAAUAAUGGAUGUGGUGCUGCAGUGGCUCAUGGCUGAUAAUAUCCAUCUGAAUCAGAUCGAUGCAGAAGACCCCGAGAUCACAGAUUACACCAUGUUGCCGGACAUCGGGUGUCUGUCAGAGCAGCUCAGGGUGUGCUUACAGGAGGGCGACGAAAACCCCCGAGACUUCACGUCUCUCUUCGACAGGUCGCUGUUCAAUAUGUCAACCGACACUUUGCCCCAAGUCGUCAGUGCCUACAAGCAGCUCAACGUGAAAGACAAGCCCCUCCAGCUGAUCACGCCACAGUUUGAGACGCCGCUGCCUCAGCUCCAACCGGCUGUCUUUCCCCCUGCCUUAAGCGAAUUGCCUCCGCCCAUGCUGGACCUGUUCGAUUUAGACGAAUCGUUCUCCUCUGAGAAAGUUCGUCUAGCGCAGCUCACCAAUAAAUGUACGGACGAUGAUCUGGAAUUCUACGUGCGGAAGUGUGGGGAAAUUCUGGGGGUGAUGCCAAAGUUGGAUAAAGAUCAGACUGAUGCAAAGCACAUCUUGGAACACAUUUUCUUCCAGGUUGUAAAGUUCAAGAAACUCAAUCAGGAACAGGACGCCGACACAUAGGCACAGCCAUUCACGUCGUGGUGAUUGGAUUCAAAGCGGUUAAAGAUUUCUCUCCUGCGGUCAUACUGCAACACGUUUAAGCAGAUGAGACUUUUCUUCCCUAGGAGGCAAAAUACUUUUCAGCAUCAACAUGGGUGCUGUUGCAUUUUAGAAAGUACCGGUUUAUCCAGCGUUCCAUUGGUCCCCAGAGAGAAAAAAAUAUGAGCAAGUGAGGUUGAUACUUUAUUUAAAUCUGUGAAAUAAAAAGAUUAAAAAAAAAAAAAAAAACAUUUGACUGUAUGCAGCACCCUGCAUGAACAGUUACACAUGGAUCCUGUAAAAAGUCAUGAGCUACAUUGAAUUUAAGAAUGUACCAACACAAGAUUGACCACAUGAAGUCCACUUUGAUUCAACGUUGGUGGAUGCGGACACAAUCCAGAUCAGGCGAAGGCCCUCAGACGUCUUCCCCCAUGCAGGUGUGUAGGUGUGUGUUGCGGGACAUUCUCGGCCACGUCAGGGAGACACAUCAGCUAGUGAAUGAUGUCUGGAGUGGGGGUUUGGACUCCAUGUUGAGUCCAGAGCGCUGGACUCGAGGCCCAGUUUAGGGCUGUUGUCAGAUUUAAUCAAAGACACGUCCCACGACAUCUGAGAUGCGGUGAGAUCCCCGUACGACCGGUCAAAACCAGCGGCUUUCUCUUGUCUUCUAAAGAGGACUUGGGGAGUGGAGGACUUUCCCUGCAAAGGGACGGCCAGGUGACAGCCAGUCCCUUGAGUGGUCAUGGUGGGCAUUGAAGACCCCAGAGAGGGAGAUAUGGGGUCAGAUGACAGGCUGAGCAAGGCCGGGAUGGACGGCCUGCAGUCAGAUCCGUCGGCCGCGGUGUCGUUGGACACUCUGGACGUGGACAGCUGCUCCAGCGACAGAGCGGAGGGCAAACUCUGUUCCCCAAAGAACUUCCUGUCGAGCUCCGACAGCGACGAACACUCAAAGCUUUUCAUACCUCGAAAGAAAUAAAGGAGCAACGUCACGUCAUCUGACCAGUGAACAGGAAUGAUUAUUGUACCGUGAGAAUGAAAGUAAUUUUCUUACCUCUAAUGACAAACGUCUUCUCCAUUGCUUCCUUGUGCCAGUGAGCGUUGACUGAUUGACAGCUGGGUUUUAGCCUGUUCAAGCUGAUUGUUAAUCGACCCAGCUGGUGACAAAGCAUGUCAUCAGUCCAAAGGGAGGUGGUCUAGCAUACAGCCUGGUGAAGGUCAUGAUUACUUUUUAUUCCCUUAAUCUUUAAAUAAAAUGUUAUUUGAACUA